CUGCCCCGCGGUGCAAAAUAUGAGAACCCCACUCACGGAUCUCAAAGUUGCAGUGUUUCUCCCUACCUCCGCGAUAUUUUUUACCCUUUUGGUCCAAGUUCUGCUUUGUCGCGCGAUUACAUUUGUUCUUACUCCAUGGUUUGCUUGGUUUUUUGUUAUUUUCUCGUGCGAACUCACUUUGUGCUGCUUCUUCUAGUCUUAGCUUGAUUCUUGUUCACGAAGAAGUUGUUUUCACCGUGUGUUUUGACAGUUUAAUUCUGUUCCAUUUUUCAAAGCGAAUAAACCAUCAUGUCUAAGCGUUCGAAACAAACGGGAAAUUUUUAUAAGAAGAGGGCUCGGUUGAUGGAUGAGGUCGAAAGGAAUGUGGAUGCAUUAAACAUCACGCUUGAAACGGCUUCGACUUCUGUUUGGCCGGACCUUGGAGUGGGUAAGUAGAAACAAUGAAAUUGAAUGUUUCCAGCAAUCUACGAACAAAUCAGCUUAGCCACCGUUAGCUUAAAGAAAGUGAUUAAAAUUGUGUGUGUGUGUGUGUGUGUGUGUGUGUGUGUGUGUGUGUGUGUGUGUGUGUGUGUGUGUGUGUGUGUGUGUGUGUGUGUGUGUGUGUGUGUGUGUGUGUGUGUGUGUGUGUGUGUGUGUGUGUGUGUGUGUGUGCGUGUGUGUGUGUCUGGCGAGGGGGGAGUUAAUUUCUUAAGGAAAAUAUCCGUUUAGUUGUUGGGUAUAAUCUGGAAUUCAGGAUCCAUGUUAGGCGAGGUUUAGUCAGGUCCUUGGUACAUACAAACCAUCAUUUUUAAUAUUCCCUUUUAUUUUCAUCUCUAGAAGUUACACCAGAAGAUUUGGAAUUGUUGUUUGCAGGAUGUAGUUCGGCAAAGCCAACAACAUCUACCACUACAACAACAUCGAACGCAACCACGACAUCGAACGAUUUUCAUGAAUUUGAAGAUAUCUAUGAUUCGGCAGAUGUUGUGACUGAUGCCAAUGAUCGCUUCGAAUUCAUGAAAAAUUUGAAUUUGAAGGAUGCACUUGUGCAUCUUAUCAUUCUUGGCCGUGCUUCACGUUUUUUAACAGAAGGCUUCCUUGCCAUCUUAAGGAAGUUCUUUAAAGCUAAAGUCCCUAAAACAAAAAGAACUUUGCUAAAAACUGAAGCCGAUAUUAAAUCAGAAAUUACACCAAUUAAUGGGGGUAAAUUAUGGUAUCGUGGCAUAGAAAAAGUGCUUCUUAAAUAUUUUGAGUAAGAAUUUUUCAAACAUAUUGGUACUAAAUGAAAUUUCUCAUUCGACGUGUGUAUAUUACAGAGAUAUUGAUCCUGAACCGGACAUAUUUACCAUCGAUGUUUCUAUCGACGGGCUUCCACUGUUUAGAAGUUCCCGUAAACAGCUUUGGCCAAUACAAAUAAGGGUGGUCGAAUUACCAAAAGUUCCACCAUUUGUCAUUGGAACUUAUGGAGGCCCGAAGAAACCCCAUAGUAUUGAAGAAUUUUUGAAUCCUUUGGUGAAGGAAAUAAACGAUCUCCAAAAAAGAGGCCUUCAGUUUAAGCAUAAGUUGGUGCCAAUGGUUCUUCGGGCUUUUAUUGCAGAUUCGCCGAUGCGGGCCACUUUGAAAGGUAUGUUUAUGAUUUUACUAAGGAAGUAAUUAUAGCUUCCAUACCAUAUGUUUCACCAACUUUUCCAUCCGUAUAUUUGCAGCUACAAUGAAUUUCAAUGCCAGACAUGGAUGCUUGAAAUGCACAUGUGUUGGGACAACUAUUCAGGUUGGACCUAAUAAAAAAAAAUUAUUUUAGAUUCCAUCGAUGCACCUCCACGCACGAACGUUGGAUUUAGGCAAAGAGAUGACAAAGCUCAUCAUAAAGAAUGGUGCAGUCCUUUGGAAGCCAUUGAUGACUUUGAUAUGGUCGAAGGAAUGCCAGUGUCCGACAGGUUGCAUUUAUUGGAUGAGGGAAUAUUUCAAAAAAUACUAGUAGGGUUUUUGAACAACACUUUCGAACUAUUAGGCCAUAUUUAUCCUCGUCAGAAGGAAGUAGUAUCUGCCUAUAUAAUCAAAAUUAGGCUUCCCUAUGAAAUACCUCGUAGAAUCCGGUCCCUUGAUGAAAUUGCGCAAUGGAAAGCUACUGAAUACCGCAUCUUCUUCCAUUAUUUAAGCGUAGUUAUACUAGAAGAUUUUUAUCAAUAUGAAGGUUCAUUUAACCAUUUUUUGAUGUUAUUUUCUGCGAUAACAAUAUUUUCUUCAAGGGCCCAUCAACAAUAUUGGUCUCUGGCAAAAAUAAUGUUGGACGAAUUCCUUAGACACUUUGGGAAAUAUUAUGGACGGUCUAACAUAACCAGCAAUGUUCAUAACCUUCAGCAUGUUGCUCAUGAAGUUGAAAAGCUUGGGCCUCUGGAUUUAUAUUCCGCAUACGAUUAUGAAAAUGAUUUAAGAUUUAUUAAGCAAGACGUAAAAUCAGGCACUAAUAUAGUUGAACAAGUAGCUGGUCGUCUAACCGAACGCAGUCAAGUAGUAAAACCCAAAAACAUCGCGAAACUUAUAUACCCGAGACUUAGACCAAACGGCCGUUUCUUUAUUACCGAGGAUUUUUCCCUUCACACACAGUUCCAGAACCAAUGGUUUUUAACUGAAGAAAGGAAUAUUAUUAAAUUUGUAAAAGCAAAGAAAGAUGCUUGUGAUUCCUUUAUAAUUGUUGGCGAUUUAAUCGAAUCAUGUGAGGAACUUUUUAAUGUAGUGUCUGAUGAGGACAAUGUGAUAACAGAUAUACAUUUAUCAUCGACUGAAAUUUGUAUCUACAAAGUUAAGCUUAAUGUUCCUACAAUAAGGGUAGAGGUCCCCUGUACAUCUGUGCUAUGUAAGCUCGUUCCAAUUUUUAAACCAUCGCGGUCUUUAUUGCAAAUGCCUGUAAGGACAACACCCCAGCCAAAUUCAAUAGCUUUAUUUCCUUUGUUACACACGUUUAGGAACGCAUAAUAUGUAAAAUAGUUUAUUAAAAAUUAUUCAACAAAAAACAAGUCGUUUAUUUAUUUACUAAUCGUGAUUUUAACUUUAAUAAAUGACAUGAUUUUUAUUAAUUUAAAAUUUCAGUUAAAUAAAUAACUUUGGUUUUUGCGGCACCGCAUCGAACUCAAAAUAGAAAAGAGCUUAUGGGUACCAACUGUAAAAGUAAACGAACGAACAUGUUUUAAUAGUUCACGUAUAUUUAACUAAACAUUAUUUAUAGAGCCCAGGUCUAUUCCAUCUCUUAUAAAACUAAUAUGUUCCUAACAAAGUAAUAGUCAACAAUACUAAAAUAACUUAACUAGUUCGUUUGUUUUUUGUUUCGCUUGUGCGCUUUAUGCACUACGCUUUUAGUUAUUCCUCUUGUUAAGCUUGCACUUUUUGCAUUACUAAUUUUGUUUUUUAAGAAUUGCUCGACAUCUUUUUCUGUUGUCUGGGCACCUCCUACCCGUUUGAAGACAUUCAGAAUGUUUCGGUAUGCCACUAACGCUACCUUUUCCGAGCCAUUUCGCGAAACACCUCUCCAAUUGCACUGUACCACAAACUUACGACAGAACACAUUGUAAAAUGAUUCGUGAAUCCUUUGAAAUUUAUCUGUUGAUUGCAUUUGUGCUUUUAACCAGUUUUCUAACGCUUCUGCAUUAGAUGUUAAUGAAAGACUGGACUCUAAACUGUCCAGUUGUUGCUUGUUGGUAACGACCGCAGGAUGAAACAUCGGUCGCUGGACAGUGCUUUCUGUUUCCAGAUUAGUUUCGUUGCUUCUUUCCUUAAAUGCAUUCGUAUUUACAAUAUCCUUUAUUGCAACAGAAAUGCCAGCCACCACCGUGGUCAUUCGUGCCGUUUGCACAAGAUUUGCUUGUGUAGCAGAUUUGAUAAGCUGCAACUCCUGCAAAAUGUUUUCUCCAGGAUUGUUCGCCAUUUUGUUCUUGACUGUAACAUUACCAAAAUAUUAAAUGGAAAUAUUUUAACAAUUUGUGGUAACUACUUACUUUUGUGAACUAAAUUAUCGUUUAACUAAGCGUAUUGUAAUCGCAAAAUUUAAGCAGUCCACAAUCUGUUUCGGCGUACAUAAACAAGUGCAUUCACGUUUGAAUCUUCAACAUAGAAUGGAAAAGGUUUUGCAUGAAAAACAGUCAACCUUAUGUCAUAUAGAGGCUAAAAAUAAUUCAAGUGAAUAUUUUCUUGGAGAUUGUUAAAUUAUUUCGCCGUAAAGUUAUAAUUUAGAACAUAUAUUUAUUUCUGAUUUAAAUAUAAUUUAAAAUAAUGACGACAAUGCCCUUUUUCAAAUAGUUUUAGGCUUUAAAAAGAAAUAUAACACACAUACACCAUCAAUAAUAUUGACAUUAUGGCUGCUGUCACAAUUAUUGACCGACCCAAGGUGUUAUAAAUGACAAGGUGAAGUUGUUCAGAGCAAAAUGACAUUUCUCGACUUGACAUUUCUCUUCCGGGGGCUACGGUAUAAAAAUCGGGGAGGGCUGGUGCGGGGUAAUGAAAUUUGUAUGCAGAGAGUGACAGAUGUCCCCCACAAUGUCGCCCAGCAAAAGCGAUAAAAAUCAACCUUCUAAAUACAUUAUCCUUGGACCGACCUGUCUCAAAGCAAUGUUAGCGCGUUUGACAGUUCAAUCAUUGUUGGUGUUUGCAGCAGCCAUGGCGAGCAAAAGAAAUCUGUUUGCCAAAAAAGUUGUCUUUACAAGGCAAAAUAGCUAGUUCAUGUAAGUUUAAUUGUAAUAUAAUGUCCCAUUAAGUAUUUUUUAACAGGUGUGUCGCAAAUUCUAAGCGUGAUGUGAAUAACAAGACGAAAAAAGGAUCCUCGAAAUUGCUCAACAUCUAGCAAUCAACAGCACCAUGCUUCACUGCAUUACCAAUAAAUGCAUUUAUUCUACGCUGUGCCAUUCAACUAUGGUGUAAAAUACUUCAUGAACACACGGAGGAAAUCAUCACACGAAGAAGUGCCGGUACAGAAGGAAAAAGGCCCCCGAAAGAGUGAUAAAUUAGUCGAUGAAGUGAAGAUUAUUAUUAUAAUGCGUUGUAAAUUGCUUAUUGUUACGUUAAAUGUUAAAAUAUAUCCCUUUUUUGAAAC